GCUCCAUGCGGUAAUGUCGUCGUGCUGUGAGUGAGCAAAUCGAGUGGAUGAUGGGCGUCGUUUGUAUUGUUAUUAUUUAGUAGCAUCCACAAACUGUGUCGGUGUAGUUGGAGCACGUACGCUGCUCGCUAGCCCACGUACAAUUCAAAUACUCUUAGGCAUAAUUAAUAAACAAUUUGUUGUUUUGUGACUUCAUCAGAUGCUUAUGAGAACGAAAAACGAAAAGGUGGAAAAGGAAUGCACCUAUUGAUAUGUAACAAGUGGGAAUUCGAUUGAAAACUUGCAGUGCCGCCGCGGUGCCUUUGUUGCUCAAUGUGCUAAAAACUAAUUAAAAUAAUUUUCAUAAAAUCAUGCUGCACUCGCGAAAACACGCAACAAUAAAGUGAAGGCAAAUUUAGAAUUGAAAAAAAAAAAAAAAAAAAGUUGAAUUGAAAUAAUUGAUUGUGGGAGAACGCACGUGAAGCGGGCGGUGCGCGACAUACCAGCGAUUGUGCGCUGUACCUUAGCCCACGUAAAAGUGUACGAUUGUGUGCGUGCACUAGCACCGCGCCUUUCUCUCCCUACAAGGCAAAUUGACUCUGUGGCUGGUGUAGGCUCUAGCGCCUCCUCCCCGAAUCACUACACCGGUUGACACUCAAGAGAGCGGUUAGAAUUGAAAAUACUACAGACGCGCCGCGUUGCGCCGCGACGCGCACUCACAUAACAGUCGACGCGCGUCAUUCUGAUCGCCGACGUACAGUACGCGAAUCGAUUGCAGACUUGCGUGCUUAUGACCGUCUGUCCUACUCGUACAAAAAACAGCAACAUUGUGAUCUAGGUAUGCGAUAGUUUGUUAGAUACAGCCGCGACGCGUCGCCUAGAAAAAACCGGCAUAGCUUAUUCUGCUCGGUUAAUUGAGCUGUGCAUACAAUCGCAAUCGCGCUAACCAAAAACGAUUGGAUCCUCUCCAACGGUAGCACGUUCCAUCCAGCGUAAGCGGUGUACCUACCGGCUGCCGGUAGACGACCGACACCCAUUUGGUAAUCGCCUCUAUCGCAGCACUCUGAGAGAGGGGGUGGGAAGAAGGAAACACUACUACUGCCGCUGGCGUCACCAUUGCCUUCGCCAUUAAAGCUAUUCUUCUUAUCGCCAAUACCAACUUUUUAGCUGGUGUGUGUGUGUGUGUAUGUCUAUAUAAGCUGGUGCUUUGUUGUCAACUGAAUAUAUUAUUUAUUCUCAUUAUAAUUCGCCGAUUAAGCAUUGUUGUCAUUCUACAUGGUCGUCGAACAUGGAAAAUCGUUUAAUCCAUUGAGGUCAUUAUUAUUCAUGCGUCAAUUCUGUGAACUGAUUUAUGCGCAUGGAAUGAUUUAAAGCGCCUUGAGCUGCACAAUCAACACAAAAGUGGAGGACGGUGCGCGCCAGUCAAGUCGCCUGAGGCGCUCAGUAAAACAGUUACAAUACGCGCAGCGGCUUGUCGCAGUUAGCGCUGCGUUGUUUAUAUAUAUAUGUAUGUACGUAGCUGGCUGUUUCACAAGCGUGCGCAAAAUAUUUGUCAUUAUCAUUAACGCCAGAGUAUUAAAUGUUAUCGGCUGUUGAAAAUUUUGGCCCGUUGGUCGGACCGGCUGUCGCACUCUCACACCAUCCCCAUGCCGUGACGCAUCACCUGCAAGCCCAACACCAUCAGCAUCCCGCUCAGUGUGGCUAUGCGCUGGACAUAGUUUCCGGUACUUGUGCUGAUGCGACGGUGCGCUUUUCGCCAACGACGACGUCAGCAGCUGUUGCCGGCGGCGGCGGCGCCACCAUUAUCACCACCCAAGCACCACUCACACACACGCAGUUAACGCAAUUGAAUGCAUUACAAGCGCUCAAGUUACAACAACAAAUUCAACAACAGUACGAGCAGCAUUUGAGUACGUUUCUCAACGCCUCCUCACAGUCUUCCCCGAUAGCUGGGCUGACGGUGCUGCCGCACCGCCCCCAACCUCAGGUAGCAGCGCUUAGUGAAGCGAACGCCUCAUUGACGCAUAAGCAACAGCAACAGCAACAACACCAGCAGCAACAGCAGCAGCAGCACUACCACUUACAACAACAACAGCAUCAUCAGCAACAACAAAUAAGAGAACAACAGUCACUCAGCGUUAAUUUGACGCGCUGCUCAAACGCGCCUAAAUAUAUGAAUUCGCCGCACGAUACCUCAGCAAUGAUGCCGCUAGCGGAGUUCACCCCACCACCAAAGCCAAACAAGCAUGAGCUACACACACGCACGCUUGAAAAUGGCCAAUCUGGUCCCAUGAACCUGGUCACAAAUGCGAGUAAUGCCUAUGCGAGCAAUACAAGUUACCAACCGUUAGCGGCUAACAACACUAGCAGCAAUAACAGCAGCAACACCGCAUCCAUCGACAACAGUCGCCCGUCAUCCUCCUCCUCCUCUGUGGAUGUGGAGAAUGAUGAGAGCAUGUCACCGGUCAGUAAUAGUUCCGCGCAAGUCGGUCGCAAAGCUUUAGAUCAUACUGCCUUAAUCGCCAGCGGCGGCACAGCCACCAAACAGCCCGCCUACAGUGAAACCAGCGCAUCCUCAGCGGCUGCGGCCGUGGUAGCCGCUUACCAAUACAACUAUUCUCAACUCUACGGCGCUGGUCGUCCAGCUGGUCUCUACAAUGCACCCGUUAUUUUUGCAACGCACAAUCCGCACGUCUCGCAACAUAUAGUGCAGCAGCAUCCUAGUGGCGUACAUGGCGCCACACAUGUUCCACCUGGCUACCUCAGCGCGCUGAGCACGCAUUCACCAACUGUUUCGCCAGGCGAGGGUGGUGUCUACCCCGCCGAGUACUUGAAAGCGCUACAAAACGCGGUGGCCGCUGGUGUAUUUCAAGCGCCGCCACCCCAUACAACGCCCGUCUUCCAGACCUCGCCGCUAGCCAAUAGCAAUUCAAGUGCGUCGGCCGGUAUAGCUAAAUCGCGAUUACGCAGCCCCGCUGCUACAGGUACAAUUGGAGCACAGGCGCCGGUCACCUCGCCGCCGCCGCCGUCGAGAGGCGAGCAGCGAACAGCGACAACGACACAGCUCUCGACGGGCACUUAUUUGUAUGAGAAGGCGAAAAGGACGCCACCCGAUACGCCGUCGGAUACAGAGAAAUUCUUCAAAAUACCCAGCGGUAAAGAGGGAUCACUGAAGCAUCGCAUACUCACGCGGCCAACGGGCGUUGACAAGAGCGCGACGACGAUGACAAUGGUGACCACAACGGAGGCUGCGAAGCCACCUGUUAUGCGCACACACAAUUCGACAUCCAGUUUCAGGAAGGGUUCAUAUAUUGAGCUCGCGAAUGGCUCGCUACGUCGUGUGGAGGAUAUGCGCACCGAAGACUUUAUACAAUGCGCCGAACGCAGUCCCCACCAUCAGUUAAUCGAGUCCACUGUAGUUAAAAUCAGCAACAACCAAGCGGCGAAUACCGUUAUCAUAGCAUUUAGUUACGAUCGGAAUCAAUCGAAGGUCGACAUGGAUAUCGCUACCGAUCAUCCGUUCUUUGUUUACGGUCAAGGCUGGGCAUCCUGCAAUCCCGAAUUAACCUUAAAGGCUUACGGCCUGAAAUGUCAACGCUUGCAAGUCGGCGACAUUUGCAUUUCACUCACCAAACGCGAACCACCGAAUAUUAAUAUAAAAAACCACAACAACACUAAUAACAAUAACAACAAUAAUAAUAAUAACAACAAUAACAACAAUAAUAGCACUAAUAGUAAUAAGCAUUCAUAUUUACAUGACGCAACUGUAACGCAUGUCACAACAAACGAAACACACGGCUUAGAACGCGAUCUCCAACCACUCAUACUCAGCGACAAUAUUUAUGCUACGCAUUUGAAAGGCGCCACCGUAUGUCCACCCACUGCACAAUAUCCCCCACCCAUGCUACGUAGUCCCCUAGGCACAAUGCAUUUUAUGCCACCACAUCUUUUAACCAAUGCACCGCCACAUCCGGGAUAUGCGCCUGCGGACGGAUAUGCGCGCUUUACCUUUCACGCGCCACACACACAACCCACAGCCACGUUGCAACACAGUGACGCGACGUCGGCAACAACGCCAUCAGCACCGCCUCUAUCGGCUAACACAAGGCAAGAUGAGCGCGAACAGUCGUCGGCGGCGGCGGUGGCGGCGGCGGCAGCAGCAGCGUCAGCACGCAAACGUCGUUGGUCGGCGCCCGAGAGUUUCUCCAAUAGUGAGGAUGAGGAUGAAGAACGGACGGACGGUUAUAAACCACCAUUGCGACAAAAGUCUGCGCCAACGGCAGCGGUAAGCUGUAAUUAUAAGCCUUAUCUACCGACGCAAAUGCCAAGCGUUGCAGCGCCGGCGGCGACGGCUGGUCAAUUUAACUGUGAUUUUUCAACAAACUACAAAUAG